AUGAUACUUGGCCCACCAGAGGACUGCGCAGACUCCGUCCGCGCACUAAAGAAGAGGGCGCGUCAAGUUUGCAGCCUUCCGGCAGCCCCAAGCGAACCUCCACUUUGCUCGGACCCCAUAUCGUUUACUUCGGAAGAUGCCAAGGGAAUCCAACACCCCCAUUCGGACCCCCUAGUCAUCGAAGUCUCCACGGGCGAUUUCGACGUUGAACGGGUUUUGGUCGACACGGGAAGUACCGUCAAUGUGAUAUGCUGGCAAACACUAGAAAAAAUGGGUGUCACGCCGGAUCAACUGAAACCCGAAUCUCGCACACUGACGGGCUAUGAUGGGGUCACCAAACUUUCGAUGGGCGACGUGAAGCUGCAGGUGCGAGCCGGCGGAUUGUCCCUGAAGACCAAGUUCGCAGUAUCGACGCGCCUCCAGUCUACAAUGCCAUUUUGGGGGUACCGUGGAUAUACGCGAUGCAGGCCGUACCAUCAACCUAUCACCUCUGCCUCAAGUUCCCAACCACUACGGGAAUCUGCACACUUUAUGGUGAACAUCGAUCCCUCCGACCCCUCACGAACUGUUGGCAUCAGUGCCGAACUGGAGGAGCACAUAAAGUCAAAGCUGAUCGCUUUUCUGGAAUCUCGGUCCUCCACAUUCGCCUGGUCAACGAAGGACAUGAUCGGGAUUNGACUCCGUCCGCGCACUAAAGAAGAGGGCGCGUCAAGUUUGCAGCCUUCCGGCAGCCCCGAGCGAACCUCCACUCUGCUCGGACCCCAUAUCGUUUACUUCGGAAGACGCCAAGGGAAUCCAACACCCCCAUUCGGACCCUUUAGUCAUCGAAGUGUCACGCCGGAACAACUGAAACCCGAAUCUCGAACAUUGACGGGCUAUGAUGGGGUCGCCAAACUUUUGAUGGGCGACGUAAAGCUGCAGGUGCGAGCCGGCGGAUUGUCCCGGAAGACCAAGUUCGCAGCCAUCGACGCGCCUCCAGUCUACAACGCCAUUUUGGGGGUACCGUGGAUAUAUGCGAUGCAGGCCGUACCAUCGACCUAUCACUUCUGCCUCAAGUUCCCAACCACCACGGGAAUAUGCACAUUUUAUGGUGACCAGAGGGUGAACAUCGAUCCCUCCGACCCCUCACGAACUGUUGGCAUCAGUGCCGAACUGGAGGAGCACAUAAAGUCAAAGCUGAUCGCUUUUCUGCAAUCUCGGUCUUCCACAUUCGCCUGGUCAACGAAGGACAUGAUCGGGAUAGACCCUGAUGUUAUCUGCCACAAGCUCAACGUCGAUCCCACAUUCAGACCAGUAAGGCAGAAACGACGACGCCUGGGUCCAGAUCGGGCCAAAGCAGUUCAGGACGAGGUCGAGCGGCUGCUCAAAGAUGACCAGAUAAUUGAGGUCCAGUACCCUGACUGGCUGGCCAAUCCAAUCGUGGUCAAAAAGAACGCUUGGAGGGUAUGCGUGGAUUUCACCGAUCUCAACAAAGCUUGCCCCAAGGAUAGCUUUCCUUUGCCACACAUAGACCGUCUCGUCGAAGCCACGGCUGGAAACCAACUGCUCUCAUUCAUGGAUGCCUUCUCAGGUUACAACCAGAUCGCCAUGAGUUCAACUGACCGCGAAAAAAUGGCAUUCAUAACGGAUAGAGGGACCUAUUGUUAUAAGGUCAUGCCGUUCGGGCUAAAAAACGCUGGAGCAACCUACCAACGGCUGAUGAAACUGAACCCAACGAAGUGUACAUUCGGAGUCAAAUCAGCCUUAAAUCGCUCCAUCGCUCGAUCGACAGAUAAAUGCCUCCCUUUCUACCAACUCCUCCGCGGAAAUAAGGAUUUUCACUGGGACGAGGAAUGCGAGGCCGCCUUCCGGCAAUUGAAGGAGUACUUGACUUGCCACCCAGUAUUAGUCAAACCAGAAGACGGCGAAACAUUGUACCUCUACGUCUCGGUCUCCAGUUCGGCUAUCAGCGGCGUGUUGAUUCGAGACGACCGCGGGUAUCAAAAACCUAUUUUCUAUACGAGUAAAACAUUCAACGACGCAGAGUCACGAUACCCCACGCUGGAGAAGCUCGCACUCGCAGUGAUCACCGCCGCACGGAAGCUCCGACCCUAUUUCCAGUCACAUUCCAUCGUCGUGUUAACCGAUCAACCACUCCGAACUAUCCUCCAUAGCCCCCUCCAAUCCGGACGCAUGGCGAAAUGGGCAGUCGAGCUAAGUGAGUAUGACAUCGAAUACCGCUCCCGUCCAAGCUUGAAGUCGCAAGUUCUGGCCGACUUCAUCAUCGAGCUGUCUCCUGACCUUGACGACCCCAAUCCUAGGGAAGAGCAUUGGACAAUGUUCGUCGAUGGUUCGUCGACGAAUGAAGGUUCUGGAGUGGGACUCAUUCUCCGGUCCCCCACCGGUGAAGUUCUCGAGCAAGCAUUAAAGCUCAACUUCAGAGCGUCUAAUAACAAAACGGAGUACGAGGCCAUCUUUGUGGGGCUUCGGUUAGCACGAGGACUCGGAGUGACACAUUUGCAAGUCUUCUGUGACUCCCAGCUCGUAGUCAGCCAAUUCAGUGGAGAGUUCGACGCCAAAAAUAAGCGAAUGGGGGCGUAUCGGCAGUUGGUCCGAGCACUGUCCGGGGAAUUCACAUCUUUUUCUUUGGCGAAGGUCCCACGGAACGAAAACGCGUCAGCCGACGCCCUCGCAGCCCUGGCAAACAGCUCCGACCCUGACAAUCAGAUAACAGUAAUCAACGACGACUCAGUUUCGAUGGAGGUCAGGGAACCAGUAGAAGAUCUGACGGACGUCACGAAGCCUCCGGACGACUGGAAAAUUGAGAUCAAACUCUAUAUCUCCGACGGCGUCGUCCCACCAGACCGAUGGGCAGCCCGACGCUUAAAGGCUCGAAGUGCCAGAUACAUCCUCUUGGACGGGGAAUUAUUCCGCCGAAACGCAUCCGGAGUUUUCCUUACCUACGUCACUCGGGACGAGGCCGAGCGAAUCAUGAUGGAGGUGCACGAAGGCGAAGGUGGCAACCAUUCCGGCGGACGCGCACUCGCCCUCAAAAUAAAAAAAGAUGGACAUUAUUGGCCGACCAUGAUGGCCGACUGCGAAGCCUUCGCGGCAAAGUGCGAAGCCUGUCAGCGCCACGGACCAAUGCGGCACAUCCCGCCCGAACUGCUAAACACCGUGACAGCUCCAUAUCCUUUCAUACGCUGGGCCAUGGACGCUAUAGGCCCUCUGCCGGCGUCAAAAUCCAAGAAAUACGACCUGGUGCUGACCGAUUUUUUCACCAAAUGGGUCGAAGCAGAGUCCUUCACAAAGAUCCAAUCCUUGGUCGUAACCAACUUCAUAUGGAAGAACAUCAUAUGUCGGCACGGACUUCCAUACGAGAUUGUCACCGAUAACGGCACACAGUUCACCUCGAUGAUCACCAGACAUUUCAUGACGAAGUGGCAAAUCCGCCUCAGUACUUCGACUCCCCGAUACCCGCAAGGAAAUGGACAAGCUGAGGCCACUAAUAAGUCGAUCGUCGACUAA